CAAGUUCAGCUGACACGCCUCAGGGUGGCUCUUAUAUAACCCGAACUCUAGCAGGGCAAUAAUCUUGAAGUAAGGACUCCAAAGGACUGCUCAUAUAGCUUGGGCUGGCAUCCCUGAGAUUCAGACUGCUUGCUGCACUGAGGCUACACAAAACCAGAGUGACCUGGGACUUAGCCCUCCUCCUCUUGGGUGAAGUCUAGAAGGUGCACAGGAUGGCUUCAGAAACAAAGGAUGAGCUGGUCUUCUUUGUAAAUGGCAAGAAGGUGGUGGAGAAAAAUGUGGACCCAGAAACCACUUUGUUGACUUAUCUUCGAAGGAAAUUGGGCUUAUGUGGAACCAAGCUGGGCUGUGGAGAAGGUGGAUGUGGCGCAUGCACAGUUAUGAUCUCCAGAUUUGACAACCUCCAAAAGAAAAUAAUAAACUAUUCUGCAAAUGCAUGCUUAUUCCCUAUUUGUGCCCUUCAUCAUGUGGCAGUAACUACUGUUGAAGGCAUUGGAAACACAAAGACAAGGCUGCACCCAGUACAGGAACGAAUAGCAAAAAGUCAUGGAUCACAGUGUGGUUUCUGCACCCCUGGCAUUGUCAUGUCCAUGUACACCCUUCUUCGCAAUCAACCUGAACCCAAAAUGGAAGAGAUUGAAGAUGCUUUUCAAGGAAAUCUCUGCCGCUGUACAGGAUACAGGCCUAUUUUGGAGGGGUACCGGACAUUUGCAAAGGAUUGGGGAUGCUGUAAGAGAAAUGGUAAUGGCCUAGGUUGCUGUAUGGCUGGAAAGGAAAAUAACAUGGAUCAGGGGUGUGGUAAAAAAUUAGUCAAUGGUUCAGGUUGCUGCAUGAAUGGAAAAGAAGAUAAUACAGAUCUGAUAUCCACAUCUCUGUUCAAUCCAUCUGCGUUCCAGCCUUUAGACCCUACACAGGAGCCUAUCUUUCCCCCAGAGUUGUUGACUCAUAAUAAUAAACCCCAAAAGCAGCUGUGCUUCAAAGGGGAACGUGUGAUGUGGUUUCAGCCUUCAACUCUCAAGGAACUGGUGGCACUCAAAGCUCAGUACCCUGAUGCCAAGCUUGUGGUAGGGAACACGGAAGUGGGCAUCGAAACGAGGUUAAAGAACAUGCUGUACCCUGUGAUAAUAGCACCAACUUGGAUCCCAGAAAUGAACUCUGUUCAGCAUACAGAGGAGGGAAUCUGCUUUGGUGCUUCCUGUUCUCUGAGUCACCUGGAAGAAGUUCUGCGGAAAGCUGUAGCUCAGCUCCCUUCUUACAAAACUGAGGUGUUCCGGGCAGUCAUAGAGCAACUGAGAUGGUUUGCAGGGCCACAAAUCCGAAAUGUUGCUGCCCUUGGGGGAAAUAUAAUGACGGCAAGUCCAAUAUCUGACCUUAAUCCAGUGUUUAUGGCAAGUGGGAGCAAGCUGACCUUGAUAUCAAAUGAGGGCAGCAGAACUAUUAGGAUGGAUGAAACAUUCUUUACUGGUUAUAGGAAGACAAUCUUAAAAUCCCAGGAACUACUGCUCUCCAUUGAGAUUCCUUUCACCAGAAAGGGGGAAUAUUUCUCAGCAUUUAAGCAAGCUUCACGACGGGAAGAUGACAUUGCUAUUGUGAACUGUGGCUUGAGAGUCUUGUUUCCAGAGGGAUCUGAUUGUGUGCAAGAGAUUAAGCUGAGCUAUGGAGGAAUGGCUCCGACAACUGUGAUGGCGAGAAAGACCUGUCAGGAACUCAUUGGGAGGAAGUGGAAAGAAGACCUGUUGCAAGAAGCCUGCCACAUGCUGGCUAGUGAGAUGAAUUUGUCUCCUUCAGCCCCAGGUGGCAUGGUGGAUUUCCGACGAACUCUUGUGCUCAGUUUCUUCUUUAAGUUCUAUCUCACUGUACUUCAGAAAUUAAAUAUCGAGCUCAAUGGCAAUAAUAAUCUGAGUGAAACAGUACCCCCACAGUAUGCAAGUGCCACUGAGUUAUUCCACAAGGAUCCUGUUGACAAUGUACAACUUUUCCAAGAAGUGCCUCCUGGACAGUCAAUUGAAGAUACAGUGGGACGGCCCUUGAUGCACCUUUCAGCUGCAAAGCAGGCCAGUGGAGAGGCUGUCUACUGUGAUGACAUACCUCGCUAUGAGAAUGAACUCUACCUAACUCUAGUUACUAGCACUAAAGCCCAUGCUAAGAUUCUUUCUGUUGACACCACAGAAGCCCAGAAUGUACCUGGCUUUUUUUGUUUUAUCUCUGAGAAGGAUGUUCCUGGAAGUAACAUCACUGGGAUUGCCAAUGAUGAAACCAUCUUCGCAAAAGAUACUGUCACCUGUGUUGGCCAUAUUAUUGGAGGGGUUUUAGCAGACACACAAGAGCAUUCCCGAAGAGCUGCUAGAGCUGUGAAGAUCACAUAUGAGGAUCUUACUCCUAUUGUCACUAUCGAGGAGGCUAUUGAGAAGCAGUCUUUUUUUAAAUGGGUAAGGAAGAUUGAGAAAGGAAAUAUCCAGAAAGGUUUUGAAGAGGCUGAUCAUAUUGUGGAAGGGGAGAUGUAUCUUGGUGGCCAAGAACAUUUUUAUCUGGAGACUCACUGCACUAUUGCUGUGCCAAAAAAAGAAGAUGGAGAAAUGGAGCUCUUCGUAUCUACUCAGAAUCUGACAAAGACACAGGAAUUUGUUGCCAAUGCCUUAGGGGUUCCAUCAAAUAGAAUUGUGGUUCGAGUGAAGAGAAUGGGAGGAGGAUUUGGAGGAAAAGAGACAAGAAGCACAGUUGUUUCUACAGCUGUGGCAGUGGCUGCGGCUAAGACUGGGCGUGCAGUACGAUGCAUGCUGGACCGAGAUGAAGAUAUGCUGAUUUCUGGUGGAAGACAUCCCUUUUUGGGAUUUUAUAAGGUUGGUUUCAAGAAGAAUGGAAGGAUCACUUGUCUUGAUGUCUCAUUUUACAGCAACGGAGGAAAUUCUGCUGAUCUUUCUUUUGGAGUUAUGGACAGAGCUGUGUUUCACAUGGACAAUUCAUACAACAUCCCAAACAUCAGAGGCAUAGGGAGAGUUUGUAAAACUAAUCUGUCAUCAAACACAGCAUUCCGUGGGUUUGGGGGUCCCCAGGGAAUGAUGGUUGCUGAAUGCUGGAUGAGUGACGUUGCCCUGAAGUGUGGACUGCCGGCAGAAGAGGUUCGAAAGCUCAAUCUGUAUCAUGAAGGAGAUUUAACUCAUUUCAAUCAAAAGCUUGAAGGAUUCACUCUGAGAAGGUGCUGGGAAGAGUGCAUCAAAAAUUCAGAUUAUCACGCCAGAAGGAAAUUCAUUGAUGAAUUUAACAGGCAGAAUCGCUGGAAGAAGAGAGGCAUGGCCAUUAUUCCAACCAAAUUUGGGAUCAGCUUCACAGUUCCCUUUUUGAAUCAGGCUGGUGCACUGGUACAUGUGUACACUGAUGGGGCAGUUUUGCUCACACAUGGUGGGACAGAAAUGGGUCAAGGCCUGAACACCAAGAUGAUUCAGGUUGCCAGCAGAACUCUGGGGAUACCCACCUCCAAGAUCUAUAUCAGCGAGACAAGCACCAACACAGUGCCAAAUGCAUCUCCAACAGCUGCGUCUGUCAGUGCUGAUAUCAAUGGGAUGGCUGUUUUAAAUGCUUGUCAGACCAUCAUAAAGAGAUUGGAGCCAAUCAGAUCUGCUAAUCCAAAAGGAUCUUGGGAAGACUGGGUCUUAGCAGCCUACCAGAGCUGUGUGAGUCUCUCAGCUACAGGAUUUUAUAGAAUUCCUGACCUUGACUAUGACCCUGAGAAGAAUGAGGGAAAGGCUUUUGCUUAUUUCUCCUAUGGUGUUUCUUGUUCUGAGGUUGAGAUAGACUGCCUUACAGGUGAUCACAAGAAUCUUCGCACAGACAUCGUGAUGGAUGUUGGCACCAGCCUGAACCCUGCCAUAGACAUUGGGCAGAUAGAAGGGGGAUUUGUGCAAGGAGUUGGGCUUUUUACUCUAGAAGAGCUGCGCUAUUCCCCAGAAGGCAAUUUGUACACCCGAGGGCCUGGAAUGUACAAAAUCCCUUCAUUUGGUGACAUCCCCACAGAGUUCCAUGUGUCUCUUCUCCGGGACUGUCCAAACAGCAAGGCCAUUUAUUCGUCCAAGGCUGUGGGCGAGCCUCCCUUAUUCCUAUCAGCGUCUGUGUUUUAUGCCAUUAAAGAUGCAAUUAUUGCUGCCAGGCAAGAAUCAGGACUAAAAGAGCCUUUCAGAUUAGACAGCCCUGCCACUCCAGAGAGAAUUCGCAAUGCUUGUGUUGACGUCUUCACCAAAAUGUGUCCAUCUGCUAAGCCAGGCACUUUUAAACCAUGGUCCGUGAGAGUAUGAAUGGAGGACUUGCAAGAAUGCAUCUCUACUCAUUAAGCUGGUUUUACUUCAGAGGACCAAAAAAACCAAAACAGAACUCUAAAAUUCAAAGCUGAAAACAAAUCUGUCACUGAUUCAUGAAGCUUUAUAAUUCAAUUUUUUUUAACUCAAUCAGUUGCCUAAGAAAGGGAUUACUGUUGAGAGGUUCUUUCUGGAAAGUAAAUGUUAAGAGGAGGAAAAAAAAAAGAUGGUUGUUCUGUCUGUGAAUCUGACAUUACUGCAAACUUGCAAGAAUUCAAACUGGCAACCAAGUUCAUUCAAACUUGCAACCAAGAUUGGAGCAGCAUUCUGUUUGUAUGUUCACUUUUGAAGUAUAAUCACACAAUUCAACUAAUUCUAACUCAGCCAUUUUCCUCGUAUUCUCCUUAAUGGGAUGAUUGUAAGCACCAAUGAGGGCAGGUCCCUAUUGCAGUCAUUCUUUGCAUCAGAAAGAUGUGGAAACUUUACUCAGUUUUCAGCCUGUGCCUCCAACAUAUUCUUUUUUUUUGUUGCUACAUUGAGAAUUCUAAAUAUGUUAGCAGUUUUGCACCAGUAUUAGCUAAUGUUCUGAUCUGAGUAGUUUUACUUGGAAGAAGGAGGUGUUGAUUUUAGCAAUUUACUCACAAAAUGAAGGCUGUAAUCUAAACUGAGAUUAGCACCCAGGAGACCUUGGAGGACUGCAGACCCACCAUAUUUUCUAAGGGGAAAAAACCCACAUUUUUCAAAUACAUUAUAUGGGGAGUGAGCAGACAUGGAGGGCAUUUCCACUAUAUGUUUUUGGUUCUUCUGGGCCACUUGAAGCUCAGAAGAGGCUCUUUUAAAGAGGUUUUUAAAAUGCUCCUGCUGGACCUAAAGUAGCAUAAUGGAACAAACAUAUGGUGAAAACACUCCAAUACUCCUUAGAAGGUAUUUGGGUUAUUUUCUUUUUAAAAAAAUACAUUUCUGACUUUUGGGGGCCCAAUAUCAAUGCACACAAUUCCCGUCUUGGAUGCAAUCUUCUACUCCUAUUACAAGGAAUAAGCUACAUUUUGACUGGGCAAGUAUAGGAAUGUGAAAGGAUUAUGAAAAAUCCCACAAUGUAAAUACUGUUAAGUCAGAGAAAGCUUGUUUCUUAUGGUACAUUUCCCCAUUCCUUUUCUGGUACUAAAUUGAGAUUAUCAGGUACCAUGGACGACUGUAAUUUGUAGAAAACUUCCUAGGAAGGUUGGCAGCCACUUUCUUCUGCAAUAAUGUUCCAUUCUUUGUAGUCUCUGUGAUUCACGAAGUCAGGUUAUUUGCAGUGUGUAGUAUAUUAUGGUGGACUCAGUCAGACACCAUUAAAGUGAACCAUGUCCAGUCAACUAAAAGGAUCAGAAUGUUGUUUUUGAAAAAUCUGAUAGAUUGAGCUAUUGCUUUGCUGAAUUAAACAGUGCACGAGGAGCCCUCCAAGGAUGGCAAAAUGAGAAGACUCCUUGACGGUUGGACAGGUUUGAUCUCUGACUGUUGGAGAAAUGAGAAUUGUUGGCCCAGGUCUGUUUCCCGAAGAUGUGUCAAUUUCUACUGAUGCUAGAGAUGCUUGAAUACAAUUUCAAUAACCAUGUAUGCCUUUUACAUGGCUCACACUCCAUUGUCCCAAAUUAUAUCACAUUGCACUCCUUAUGCUAUAUACCUUAUUUAGUAAAACACAAAUGCCUUAUGGGGAAAGAUGCUACGUUAAUGAACUGCAUAAUCUGCCACAAAAUGUUGCAAAAGGUAGAGAUUUUGUAAUUUCCCCUUGAUUUACAAUAUAUUAGAGAGCCAACAUGGUGUAGUGGUUAGGAUUACUAUUCUGGAGACCAGGGUUUGAAUCCCUGCUCAGUCAUUGGGACACACUGGGUGACCUUGGAGAAAUCAUACACCCUCGGCCUCAGAAAAAGAAAAAAUGAACCCCUCCCAAACAAAUCUUACCUAGAAAACUCCAUGAUCACCUUAGGAAAUGAAUUGAAGCACACAGCAAAAUAAUAUAAUAUAUGGUUGACUGCAGAAAAUAAGAAGCAGGAUAUCGUAUCUUCUAGAACAAAAGCAUAGCCAACAUUCAUUGUUGCUUUGUUGCCUUGAUUGCCACUACUAAUGAAUGAUGCUCCUAUUUUAUCUGAUAUUGGUCAGUUAAAGAUGCAUAUGACUCAUAAUACUGACAGUGCAAACAGUUAAUUUGGAGGAGACCUAGAUAAAUUGACUGCAGAACUUUUAACCUUGAGCCACUAGCUAAGCGCCCGUUGAUUUCAGAAGGUCAGCUUUGAGGAAGUCUUGCUCUAACCCUUUGUUUUUCUAAAUGUUUAUUUAGGCUGGAAUCCUUUUGGUACACUGUUUAAGUAGUUCUACUUUUCUCCAUAGUUACACAGUGGUUGUGAAGGAAGGCAGUCAAAAUCUGCCAGUUGUGAGCAGCCGCCUUCUCCAAUGUCUUUUUUUGUUUAUGGCUUUGGUACCUAUGCCCUUUUCUUCCUGCUGACAUUGCCUUACAGUGUUGUAGAAACAACCAGCAUAGUGUGCCAAGAGGAUUUUGGCCUAAGUAUGCUAACUCACCAUCCUAGACAAAGAUCACUGAAUGUUAUCAUGCUACUACUUAAGAGUAUGUCUGCUUCUGAUGUUUAAUUAUUUUCAAAAAUGAAACUUAGCAUUCUAUACUGAAAGUUGACAUUUCGUGUUGGAACAAAAGAAGUGCACAGAUCAAGUCUCCCAUCUUGUGCUUGUUGUAUAGAUAUUUGUGGUGUGUAUACAUUUUAUGGUAGAUAGAAUUGCCAUGUUUUUGUCAUGCUGAGUAGAGCCAUUUCCCCCAAUCUGAUAUAUGUUAUCCAUAAACACAAUAAGUAGUUGUUCCAAUGCUCAAAGUGUUCCUUGUUCAAGUGCUUGUUGAUACCUGUUCCAUCCACUAAAUCUUAUGAUUAGUAAGGGCAAACUAACAUAACUGUAGAACAAGUUACACAAAUCAAAUAUAACUGCAGCGUACCUUUCUUAAAAAGAAAGGCAGAUUCCAAAAAGAGUAAGAUUAAUAGUGUCUUUCAUUGUUAGUAACUUCUCAUAAGAAUGAGUGGUUUUGAAGAAAUACUUAGCAUUAGUUUAACUGAAUACUUUACAGAACCCUAUUAAGAGUUUUCUUAAUGAUUGAUAUUGUGUUGAUCUGAAUUUUUUUUGCUUGAAAUGAACAAAUUUGCACAAAUAAAUAUGUUCUAAAAUGUU